AUGUCGGUGAUACGUUCAGACCAAAGAAUAAGCAUUCUACGACCAGCCUUCAACAUAUUAAAAAUUUGUGGAUGUUGGAGACCGUCUAAAUGUUACAAUAGACCUAGACAAAUUAUCUACGUCUUCUACACAUUUUUCGUGUGCACAUUACUAUACAGCUUUUGCAUAUCCCAAUUUUUGAACGUGAUACUUAACGUGAGAACAGCAGAUGAUCUUAGCGAAGGAUUGUACAUGUUCAUUGCGUCUAUCCUUGCUUGUUGCAAGAUAGUCACACUUUUGAUUAAUCAUAAGAGUAUUAAAAUAUUGGUCAGAAAACUCGUGAAAGAACCCUUGAAUAUGUUUUCACAGACUCUUUGCAGGUCCAUGACAAUUUAUUACACAAUCUUAGUGGAAAUCACGGUCGUAUGCAUGAUUUUAUCAUCGGUGUUCACCGAUUUCAAAGACAGAAAAUUAUUAUACUCAGCAUGGAUACCAUUUGAUUAUACCACCUCGAAUCUCUAUUACAUAGUAUACCUUCAUCAAGUUGUCGCUCUAAUUGGAACAUCGCUUCUCAAUGUAGCCUGCGAUGUAAUCGUUUGUGGAUUACUGGUCCAUGCAUGUAGUCAACAAGAGAUUUUGAAAUACAGAUUAAAAGGAAUGAUUGAGAAAUCGAAUGCAAAUAUGGGAAAAAUCGUGCGUUUUCAUGACUACUUAUAUGGGUUAGUCUGUAAUUAA